AUGGAGGCUCUUCCUAUCUUUGUUGGAGUGAUAGGAAACAUCAUCUCAGUAUUGUUCUUUCUUUCUCCUUUAAAAACAUUUUGGAGAGUGUUGAAGAAAAGAUCAACAGAAGAAUUUGAUAGUAUUCCUUAUAUUUCAACUUUCCUCUCUGCUUCUUUGUGGGCUUAUUAUGGCCUAAUUAAGCCUGAUGGCUUUCUUGUUGUCACUGUCAAUAUCUUUGGAGUUUCCCUUCAUUUUUGUUACCUCACCAUCUUCCUUCUAUUUUCACCUCCAAACAUCAAAGUUAGAACUGCAACUCUAGUGGCAAUUUUUUAUGUUGGAUUUAUGGGAGGAACAAUUUUGGCAUCGUAUUUGAUGUUACAUGGGAAUUCUCGAAUUAGUGUCAUUAGAUUUAUUUGUGCUGCUCUUAACAUUAUGAAUUGUGGUUCACCUCUUGGAAUAGCGAGGAAAGUGGUGAGAACAAAAAGUGUGGAGUAUAUGCCUUUCCUUCUUACUUUGUGCAUAUUUUUGAACUCUGGAGUUUGGGCUUUCUAUGCUGUUCUUGUUAAAGAUCCCUUCAUUGGAGUACCCAAUUUGAUUGGAUUCCUUCUAGGUGUGAUGCAAUUGGUAAUCUAUGUCAUUUACUUGAAUGGGUCUCAAUCAUCCAAUAUCCCUAUCUCAUACAACAAAGAGGAUAAUUCACUGUUACAUCAACAUCUUCUUCCACCACCUUCCCAAACCACGUCGUGUUUAAAGACCGAGCAACUCUAA